AUGUCCGAGGUGGUAGGCGACGAUGCUACAGGGGACUUGACCAACUUGGGGCUCUAUCGUCAUUUGCGGGACGACAAGGCCAUCACGAAAUCCGUGCUCAUCAUUGGUGAUGGCAACUUCUCGUAUGCCUGUGCGUUUGUGCGAAGUGUUAUGACGUACGACCCGAGUGGUGACGUCCUUCAGCGGCUGCACAUUCGAGCAACUUCGCUCGACACACACGUCGAACUGCUGCGCAUGUAUCCUGGAGCCGCAGCCCACGUCGACGAGCUUAAGCGCCAUGACAAUGUGCGUGUGUUGCACGGCAUCAACGGCACCAAGCUGGACGAGUACAAGGAUACGUUUGGUAUUGCAUCGUUUGACGUGAUCGUGUUCAACUUUCCGCACUACGCAGAAGGCGGAAACAAGCGCAACAAGAUCAACAAGCACCGCCAACUGCUGAGCCAAUUCUUCCACAGUUGCAACUCCGUCUUGGCGAGCGACGGCCAAGUGUGGGUCACGUUGUGUGCUGGGCAAGGUGGCACCCCCGCAGAAACAAUUGUUCGACCUGUGGGAGACACAUGGCAGGUGGCUCAAUGCGCUGCGUCGUCGGCGUUGACUCUUCUCAACGUUCAUGCUGUGCCGACGGACGCCUUGUUCAAGCUAGGAUACAACAGCGUGGGCCAUCGAUUACAAGAGAAAGCGUUCCGAACCCACGCCAGUUUGACGCAUGUCUUUUGCAGGGAAUCACUGGGAAAGGUGGCGUGCCAUCCUCUUACGUGGACACGCGACAUUAGCUUUUGGAUCUCGGACACCUUUGCCGAAGACAAAUUGGCGCCCGUGAUCGAAGGCGUGUAUGGCCCCAAGGUGAAUGUGUUCCUGGAAAACAUUGAUGAGUACACAGACGACCAAGGACGACGAGCCAAAGGGUAUCGCCUCACGCUGUCGUCCAGAACGAUGGCAUUGUCCAAAGAGUAUGUGAACGCCAAGACAGACGAAGUUACCGACAUCUUGGACAGUCACGACUGGUCAUGCAGUGCAGAAUCGAUCGUCGGUCAACCUCAAGCAUGAGCCAACAACUACUAGCAUUUCACUCUACCAGGUUGAUGUGCAGUUGUCGAUAGCUAGUUGUAACUAACGUAGCCAGACAGCCAGCCUUCAUCUGAAGCCAGCUAUCGUUGGCAACCGCAA